AUGAUUGCAGCAAAUAACUUGGAAGUGCUUAAGAAAAACAAGAUAUGUUCAGUACUAUCAGUUGGAGAUCAUUUAGAUUUUAAACACAAAGAUAAGUACAGAUACAAAUAAAUCUUGAUUGAUGAUAAGUGGACUGCAGAUUUACUUCAGCAUUUCUUGGAAUGCUUUGAAUUCAUCGAUCAUGAUUUUGAUUAAGGAAGAAAUGUUUUGGUGCACUGUGCAGCCGGGGUUUCCCGUUCAGCUACAGUUGUUAUCGGAUACCUUAUGUACAAGGGAGGCUUGUAUUUUAACGAAGCUUUUACUAUGGUCUAAAAUUGUAGAGGCUGUGUCAAUCCUAAUGAUGGUUUUAUCUUCUAACUCAAAGAAUUUUAGCAAAUUCUCUAAGAUAAUAUGUUUCCUUUGUAGAAAACUUACUCAUAAGAUAAUUAUAAGAUCUAGCAUACAGAUGAAGUUGAAAAAAUUGAAUGA